AAACCAGGCAAGCCAGUUGUUCAAGUUAAUCCAAGUGACGUUAAAGCAAGAUCAACAUUAGUCGCAUGGUCGUAUAAUCCUGGAGCGGAUGAAAUGUCUGUAACUGCCUACAAUCUUGAGUAUCGAAAUAGUACUGCUACACGCGAUAUACCUUUGGGACUUGUAUUAAGUAAACGGAUUAUCAACCUCAAGCCAUACACAGCCUACAGUGUUAGGUUGGUAGCCACAAGUGUCUUAGGAAAGGGUCUGUGGAGUAAUUUCCAGAAUUUCACAACAAAAACUGCCAGUAAGUGUUGAUGCAAUUUAGUUGAGUGCUAAGAACAAUAAUUUAAUAUAAUACGUUCUUCAGUCCAAAAUCAUCGCCACAUCGUUUUAGCGGCCCCAGUCAGUCGGGUAAUAAAAUAUUAACUACUUCUGCUAUCAUCUCAUCGAUAUUUUCAUUUUAAAAAAUCUGAAGAACUGCGACAGAUAAAGUUGUGCAAGCAAACUCAUUCAGUGAUUUUCAUGUAGUAAUCAGGCGUCCGGUCAUAGGAUAGAACUAUUCUGAUUGAGGAUAAAUCAAUCUAAACUUAACUUGUCACUUUCUCUUUUUAGAGCCUGAAGUCGAUGUCCAGAUCGUGAGUGUGACAAGUCCUUCUUCACAGUCAAUUCAUGUGAAAUGGCAGGUAAACAUCAGAUUUAUUUUAACAACGCCUCCAUUCUUCUCCUACCCCUAAACUCACAAAUGGCGACUGUGUAAGAAUCUGGUUUCCUCAAACAGAAGAACCUGUGUAACCACUGCCAUCUUUGUUCAUUCAUGUUCACUGCUUUGUGUAAACAACGGAAAAAAGUGUAGGUUUCGGGGGCACCCAACGACAAUUUUCGGAAGAAUAUCUGUUCGGAAGACGAUUUGAGAUCUAGAAUUUUCGAAACAUUUGUUGUAAAAUUUCUUGCUCGCCUGCCUCCCCUAGGAUUUUCGAACAUGUAAAAAAUGGUAUAAUUGCAUAAUUUUAUUUUUAACGGAUUUUUACCCCAAAAAGGUCACCUAGAAUUUUCGGGAGCCUUUUUUCUUGCUGAAAUUUUCAAAAAAGUAAGUUUUGAUCCCUAUUAUUUUCGGAUUACUAGACUUUCAGCUAGGAAAUCCGAACAGAUGAAACAUUUUUAGGGGAUAAAAAUAUGCCUAUAUCUACCGUUUAAAUACUAAAAUACGUUUAACAAUGCUAUGUUUAAGUGGUUUUGAACUNUUUUUAGGGGAUAAAAAUAUGCCUAUAUCUACCGUUUAAAUACUAAAAUACGUUUAACAAUGCUAUGUUUAAGUGGUUUUGAACUAUAUUCUCGUUGGGUGCCCUUGAGGUUUGAACUUGUCUGCAACAAUCCCACAAAUUUAUCAUUUUCAGAUCUUAAAGUUUAAUGGCGUUCACUGUUAAAAGGUUUGAAAAUAAACAUAGUUAAUGGGGAAAGGAGACUGGUUAUGAAAACUGGCAAACAUCGAAGAUAAACAUGAAAGUGCUGCAGUUUACGUUGGGAGGUUUGUAACGGUGCACAAUCCUUUGUUUUUUGUUCAUGAAUUAUGACCAAAGGAAUUAAUGCAACAUAAUAGAAAUAAUAUUGAACGUUAUGCACCGUCAAGCUCCUAAAAAGAUAAUAGAAGCAUUUAUUUAACGAUGUAUUACUUGAACACUAAUUUAGUCAAGUUCAUGUCGUAGACAUCAAGCACCACCAAUUUAAACGGACCCCUUAGAGGGUACAGUAUUGAAUACAUGGAAGCAGGAAAACCUUCCUCGAAAGUCAAUGUCAGUGGAUCAACCUCCAGUCAUACUUUAGAGAACCUGGAGAAAUGGACAGUGUAUUUCAUUAAAAUCGCAGUCAGUAAUGGCGACUUUCUUGGUCCACCGGGUCCUGAAAAGCAAGUUCGGACGCUAGAAGAUGGUUUGUAUACUCCUUGACUUAAGUUUUUUUUUUACAAGAAUCUGUUUCUUUUCCCCCUUAUUACUUCCAGAACAACAAACAAAAAAUUAACAAAAGGAGAGAAAUUGACUUUCACCUCUGUCUCUUCCUAUUUUCCCUUCAUUUAGCCCCCAGCAAACCACUGAAUCUAUCGUUCACCUUGCAAAAGCCAAGUGAAAUAGCGAUGCCGAGAAUGACGGUCCACUGGCAACAACCUGCUGAAAAAAAUGGUAUCAUCAGGAAAUAUAAAUUGGUUUUGACCUACACCAUUGAUGGACGACAAUCUACCAUUGCAAGUGAAACAAAUAAUCAGACCUUUAGCCACAGUCUAGAUGUUUUCGGUGGAAUACAGUUCAGUGUUGAAAUUUGGGCAGAAACUAUUAAACCCGGGCCAACGCUAACUGGAACUAAACAAGUACCAGAAUACAGUAAGUAUCUGCUGUUCAGUUCCUUGUUUUGGGUCCCUAUGUGUAGAUGAUUUGUGAAUACAAUGCGCAAAAAGAAAUUAUUAUGGCUACUAAUGUGGUGACAAAGACAGAGAAACUUCAAAACAUGAUUUGAGCUGCCAGCCCUGGAAAUUAAAGAACGAUAUCGGGAAUAAAAACUAACUCUUAUGGGAACAGCGCUUCAACCAAUUGGAAGUCAUUGUUUAUAUGAAAUUCAGUCUAGUUUAUUCGUUAGUAAAAACUACUUGCUGAGUCAACCGUGGAAUCUGGCACUGGCCCUGGCCCUUUAAACCAUAAGAUCAAAAUUUGAAUUCUCAUCUGUUGCCCCUAUUCAUUUCCCACAGAAAUAGUGGGGAGAAGCUGAUAAAAUAUCAAGCAAAUUCAUCAUGUACGUAAUUCUCAUGACCACUCAGUUUUACAAAGCAUUGAUAUUACAAGGAAAAAUUUGAUGCUGAUCACUCUAAGAUGCUGAUGCUGAUGCUGAUCACUCUCUUUAGAUGAAGUUAUGCAACUUACAAAUCGCCUUUUCUGGAUUUUGAAAUGAAUGUAUCAUUUACCUCUCUAAGUCUCUGUGAUGCACAUGAGAUAAAAAAAAGUUGAAUUCUUACGUUACAAACGUACGUAGUACGAUCACAUUCCACAUCCUUGUUUAUCCCUUUUAACGUUGGAAUCUUAACUUUAUGAACCAACACGUGAAUAGAUUCCACUCGUAAAAUGUGGCGGGGGUGAAAGGACGUAAAUGGUAAAAAGAGAUAAUCUUAUCGACGGCACUUUCAACUGUGGCAAUGAACGACAAACUAUGCAACAGUAAGAAAGACGUUUUCUCUUACUUUAAAAGCCCGAACACGUACACACAGUUUGGUGACGUGAGAGAAGUGAAGGGAGGGAAAGAUUUCGGAAACUGCCCACCUACCCCUCCCCUAAGCCAACAUAACCACUUACUUCGCUCUUAGGGCAAAAUGUUGGCUUAGGGGAGGGUAGGUGGGCAGUUUCCCAGAAACGUAUAAUGAGCCAAAAUUAUACUAUACUAUACUUUCACUAAUUUAUGCCAAUCGUGGUUAGUGAACUUUAUGGUAUGUAUUAUUCCUUGCGAAGCGAGGUGCGGAUCGCCGAGCAAAGUGAGUUUAUAGUCUCGUCGCGCGAGAAGCGCGCGCGCAGUGUGUGAACCGCGCGUGGGUCCUAGCGAGCAGCAAACUCGCAGCUCUCAUCUUUACUUGUAAUGAUGAGAACUUGUUAUACUACAAGAGAGUCAUUUUAUCUUUCGGGUUCCACAGGUUUAUUUUUUUACCCGUUGUUUUUUUCUCUCAGAACCAAGCGCGUCACCUCACAACAUAAAAUCUGAGAAGAUGAACGAGACAUCUUACAGAAUAAGUUGGAAUUCUCAUCCCAGAAACACAAGUAAUGGUAGAGUGAUCGCUUACGAAGUAAAUCAGACGAAGCUUUCUACUCCACGCACUGCAAGAUCCGUGUCCACUCCCUCAGUUCUACAUAACACAUCCGACACUUUUAUCGUUUUAACUGGUCUUUUAUCGUGCUCUGUUUACAAAGUUGAAGUACGUGCCUACACUUCUGCUGGGCCAGGAGCCUUUGGCAGCAUGGCCCAUGACAUCGUGACCUCAGGUAUUUAA